ACAUUCAAAAGAAUUAGGUAACAUCUGAGGUCCUUUUGUCGGAGAUUCACCAUGGCUGGGUGAAUGGGAGGGUCUGCCUGCCUCCUUCCUAACCUUACCCGCUGAAGUUAAAGCAGUGAGGAGGCAGUCGCUGCAAGCGUGGACCGUCGACAGACCGACGUCAUGCUGCUGAAGCCCAACAGGAGUCCUCUCCUGCUCACCGUCACCUGCAUGUGUUUCUCAGGAGCUUUGCUUUGGUCUUACCAGGAAGAGGACGCCAGUGAGGGGGAGAAAUGCUCUGAGAAUAACAUUUCAACAACAAAGUACCCCUGCGUAAAGUCGACCGGAGAAGUUACAACAUGUUACAGGAGGAAAUGUUGCAAGGGCUUCAAGUUUGUGAUGGGCCAGUGCAUUCCUGAAGACUACGAUGUGUGCGCUGGCGCCCCUUGUGAGCAGCAGUGUACUGACCAUUUCGGUCGCGUAGUGUGCACUUGUUACUCAGGUUACCGCUAUGAUCGUGAACGCCACAGAAACCGAGAGAAGCCCUACUGUCUGGACAUUGAUGAAUGUGUCGACAGAAACAUGAGCGCCUGCUCUCAGAUCUGCAUCAACACUGCAGGGAGCUUUAGGUGUGAGUGUGAGAAAGGCUAUUUCCUGGAUGACGAUGGGAAGACUUGCACCAAAGGGGAGAGAGCAGUUCAUCUCUUUGAGAAGUGUGAUAAUUUAAUGAACGCUGGAACUUGCUCAGCCACUUGUGAAGAUUUCCUCCAGAUCAAGAUGUCAGUACUUCAGCUUAAGCAGAAGAUGGCGUUGCUGUCAAAUAGUGCUGAUGUCCCUGUGCAGAUGACCAGUGAGAAAAUCCUGACAUCGCCUAUAUUUUUACCAGGACCUCCAGGUUCCCCAGGGCCUCCAGGAGACUCAGGACCAGUGGGCCCUCCAGGAUUCAUAGGGCCCCCUGGUCCACCUGGUCCCAGAGGCUUGAUGGGACCAAUAGGACCAACACCAGACCAGUACCACAUCAAACGUGGCACUCGAGGACCUGUGGGCCCCCCUGGAGCACCAGGGAGAGAUGGCCUAAAGGGGGAGAGAGGAGCUCCUGGGCCUGCUGGACAACCAGGGCCCCCAGGAUCUUUUGAUUUCUUGCUUCUGCUGAUGGCAGAUAUACGCAACGACAUUGCUGACUUGCAGAGCAAGGUGUACGCUCGGCCAAUGCACUCUCCGGAGGAGGACAUUCCUUUGGCACCAGACAGCUGGAGAGACACAGCAGACAGUUUGGACGCAGGAUCAGGGGAGGACUAUAAGGAACCUCCAUCUCAAACUGGUCGAUGGUCCAAAAGGAACAAGAAGAGAAAACCCGGACGAGAGAGAACAAACUGACCAGACUGAUAAUGAAGGGUGGUUUUGGAUACUGUCAGGUGUAAAUAUUGAAGUGGUUUGCUUUUGUAUUUAAUGGAUUUUAAGAACAUAUUUUAUGCUGUUUGAUUACAGAUGUUUAUUUUUUUAUGACCCAUAAAAUAUUGUCUGUCUUUUAGCAAAUGUGAGUAGACUUAGUAUUUGCGUAUUUUUAAAUGUAUAUGAGGAAACAUUUAGCUAAACAAUAUCUAAGCAUUGACACUCGUGUAUAAUUUCACAAGAUGCAGCAAAGCACCACAGUUGCUGCACUGGAAUAAAUAAAGUGGCUCUAAUGCCCUCACCCAUAAAUACUUUUCAGUUACUAACGUAUAGGUAAUUGGAAAGUGGCAGUGCUGCUCAAUUACUUACGCUUUGACUGAUAUUCAACAGUGUUUAUGUCCAAAUUAAGAUUAUUUGCAGUCUGAAUAAUUGUCUUAAUAUGUAGUGUAUAUUUAAGUUUUAUGUAGAUGUCCUCCUGUUCUGUUUAUGUCCAAAUAUGAAAAAAGACCCACCUCUAACAAAAACAUACUCUGUUUACAAAAGUCUUUACAGUAUGUUUGAAAAACUUGGAGCUAAAUUAGGGACUAUGCCACCUUCCUUUUUUAUUAUAAAAACAGCAAUACAUGUACUUACAAUAGUUAGUGUUUAGUUUUUCUGGUACUAGAACAAUGGUGUCAGCUCUUGCAAGUUCAUUGCACGUUGUGUGGACAACAGUACAUUACAAAUGAAAAGAUGUUAACCAGAGCAAGCAUAUAACAUCAGGACUACAUUCUCUGCUCAGUUAAGAAAUGGCACGGAUGUGGAGUGAAGUAACAAACUGUAAAAACUGUUAUUGUCUGAAACGAAGCAGGAUAUAAUGUUAGCUCAUUGUAGCUCGGCUGAUGACAUUUUGGUUUUCUCCACACAUUUAAAGCACAUUUAAAAAGUUGAGGGGAACUCAUUACAAAGGAAAGACAAAAAAUAGAUGUUUAUAUUCUAAUUGACUUCUCAGAAAAUAAUGACAAUAUGAGGAUUGCCUAAUGAUUAACAGAAAAUGUUUUUCUCUGUAAAAACACAUUUAGUUUUACAUCAUUGGUAAUGAAACUUGCUUUUGAUUUUGUGAGUCACAGAUACAUGAAACGUAAACCUAAAUGUUCAUGUUUCAAGGUUGGAGAAUCUUUUUACAUAUGCGAAAGUCAGUCUGUUUAAAUAUACUAAAAACAUUUACAUUGUCUCCAUCAUCCUGUUAUGCCAUCUACUUUUAAAGUUUAUAAGCUCUUUGCUGGAAUUAACUUGCCAUUUUAAAGUGAGAGGUAACUUUGGCAUUAGACUUAAGGAUGGAUUUUAAAAGCAAUAAGGUUUCUUUCAACUUAAUAACUUUGUUGUUUCAUGCUUUGGUUGAUAAUACCUCUUCAGCACAGUGAAUGGACAUGUAGCAACCCAUAAUGUAAUAUUUGCCAAUACAGUAAUACCUUCAAAUAUUAAAAUAAUUGUGUCCAUUUAAAAUGUAAUUAAUCCAAUAAUAUAAUAAUUUGCCCACAAAUGUCAUAAUGAUUUUGGCCAAUAAUAUAAUAACAUUUUGCCAUGUAAAAAUUUAUCAUGUUCACACUGAGCAAACAAAUGUAGGUCACAUACCCACUGUUGUUUUCCUGAAUUAUUAAAUGCACUUAAGACUAAUUAACUGAUUAACUAAACUUUAACUAAACUAAAUCGAGUGCUGCCUGGUACAUAUUCUUGAUAAAUUCAUAUGAUGAUUAUGAAGUCCACUAUACAGAUUUUUCACCAGCAAACUGCAAAAAAUCUUAUUUGUGCAUCAUUAGGUUUGGCUGUAGAGAUUACUUUUUGAAAGGACAUUAACAUAUUGUGUUAUUGGCAAAUAGCUAGUAUGUCAAUACUAGCUAUUUGCCAAUAUAUACAAUACAAUAUUACAGUGUUCACAGGUUAUUACAUUAUUGGCUUUUUACAUUUAAAACAGCCAAAAUUAUGAUGUCAAUGGCUGUUAAUACAUAAUUGGUUGCAAUGGGGCAUUUUUGUUCUACGUGUGAGAGAGUUUUUAGUUAUAAUAAUAAAUUAUUUUCAGAAUUAGAAGCAUACCUGUUAGUGUGAAGCUCCAUAUUUAUGUGCCACCCUGUUUCAGUGAAAUCUGCUUUCCAAAUAUUAACUGUCUCAGUGGAUUUUUGAUUUAAUUACUGAAAGCUUUACUAUAAGCAAAUAAACUAUAUAUAAAAUCAUAUAUACAAUAA